AUGGAUGCCAGGAGUCGUGAGGAAAUCGGGCCAUUGCCUUUUAUUGCUGCAAUUAGGAACUUUCCGUGUGGACCAAUAUUUAGUGAAUGUACCAGUUUUAACUCUGAUUUCUACUCAUUUGAACGCCAUUCUGGCAUGUUGGAUUGGUUAGCUGGCUCAGCAAACUUGAUAAAUUCUGAUAGAGACGUACAUCCCGCUGAUAGAAUAACAAUUAUAUUAUCGCUGAAGACACCAAACCUUGAUGAACUGCUGUCAAAAGCAAAAGCCACGACUCGGUCUUUUGCACAGCCAGGGCUUUCUGAAUACGAACCAUUAUUGAUUAUUACCAUAAAACAGCAGUUGCUGAAUCCCGUGUACAACCAGAUUUUUGGCAGUGAUGUAGCAAACAAAGAAAUUCUUAUCGAUGAAGUCGCUGAACUUAUUGUGGAACUUGACAAGACUUACUCCAAUUCAAAUACUGCAAGCGUUACAGUAACACAGCUGUCACAGCUAAUGAUAAGUGUACCACAGAUUAACUGGGAAGCUUAUCUUAAUGCAAAAUUUUCUACAAAUCUUCAGUGGAAUGAUACAGACUUAAUUCUUAUAGACAGUGUUGAAGCUUUUAGAGAGUUGGCAGCGAUUGUUGCUCGUACUCCUCGAAGAGCUCUAGCAAAUUACCUGACCUUCAUGACAGCACUUAACUUGCGCGGAUAUUUGUACAAUGGUGCAUUGAGAACCAACCCUUUGCAUUGGAGAGAAUGCGUCGAACAACUAGCCGCAUUAGAUGCUACAGCAAAUUUGUAUAUUGGAGCACAUCAAAGCGCUAGACUGAAUGAGGUGCAUACUUCGCUAAGCUUUAUGAAAGAUUUCUUUGUGACCGAGCACAGCAAGUUUCCGGCGUCAGUUCGGGAAAAAAUAAGAAACGCAUCGCUCAAAAUUGGCUUUCCGCAACGUCUGCUCAACGAAGAUAUUGUUGUACAAAUUUACGGAAACUACGAGCUGGUUCCAAAUGACUAUUUUACAAGCAUAGUAACAGCGUUAAGUAGGCAACGGCUGCGUGAGAUUUCCCAAAUUGGUAGCCGUUUGGGCAAUGACGAUAGCAUUCGAUACAAUAUUUUAAGUCCCUACGUCACCUACGAUUCCUACGAAAAUUCAUUCGUGGUACCACUUCCUUUUCUUCAAUACCCUAUUUCACUGCCUGACGAUGCUCCUUUCUACACGGUUUACGGUACUCUUGGUGUCGUAUUCUUUCAAGUUCUAGCGAAAGUAAUGUGGGAUGCGCCAGAAAGUUCAACGUUAAUGAAUAAAGCUUUAGAAUGCAUUAAAGAGCCAUUUUUACUUAUUCAGGGAUCUUCAACAUUACUUUUUCCUGCACAGUUAAAGGAUGAUAUGAUCCAUGCCGUGUAUCUCUCAGACGCUAUUAAUUCUGCUGUAAACAGCUACUCGCUGUGGCGGAACCAAAAUCGGAUUGGAGAAGAGGCCAGUUAUACUGCAGUCCAGAUGGCCAGCAAACCAAUUCAUCAUACCGGGCAAUAAUUAACACAGGUAGCUUCAACUCAAAUGCAUUCACUAACGCGUUCAAGUGUUCUUCAUCUUCGAGACUGUAUAAUCAAUACACUUGCACCUAGGACACAUUGA